GCAAAGCACAGGUCAUCUGUUUUUCGCCCUUCGCCCAGCCUACCCGCCCCCCCAACGCAGGCGGAUUUUUUUUUCUUUUGAGCGUUGGCCGAGUUCCUCCCCGCUGGGGAAUGGUGACAAGGAGCAUAGGGCAUCUGCUGAGCUAGUUUUUGUAGCGUUUUUAAAGCUGUGGAGAAAGGUUUCAAGAUUAGUACCUAAAUCAUGCAUUCAUACGUCAACCCUCACGGAGGGAUGGACCUGGAGGAACUUCCGGUAGACUCGAAUGCGACAGGGCACUCGUCCCUCCCUGGGUACACUCCGGCCCCCAGUCCACCAAGUAGAAACUUCCGCGAAAAGGCACUACCGCAACGGCCGUCGGGGUUACCAAUGCCACCGGCGACGUACUCCAUUCCAAAUUAUACUGACAUCUUCCCUGCCCGCUACGCGGCCGAUGCGGAUUCUGUAGAAGCUAUGCGCAAGUCGAUGCAAUCGGCGCGGAGGGCACACACCCUGUCCAGACCAGAGCGUCAGCGGAGUACUCGACGUGCAAUAUUGCGCUCUCCGAGCGCAGGUCCUCCUGCUGCCCGCGCUGGAGCAACCCGGCACAGAAAUCCGUUGUCACAAAUGCCAGAAGGUGCUCACAAAGUUGUGCAUGAUUAUGCCGAUAAUAAUUCAUCCGAAAUAUGGCCUUGGUUUGCGAGGAUUGUGACAUGCUGUUUCCUGCCACCUUGUCUAAGGGCUUGCGGGAAAACGGAAAGAGCUGUACAACAGGCCUGGCGCGAAAAGGUUGCCCUCUGUAUGAUCAUUGCCGUCAUAUGUGGCAUGGUUGCAUUCUUGACCGUUGGAUUACAAAGGGUGCUCUGUCCGAGCUCCACCAACGAAGGCCGGGUUGCCAUGUUCAACAAGGACACCAAGGCUUUUAAUCCAGGCUCGAGCAAUACAGUUAUCAUUUCUGGCUACGAAUACAAUUUUCAGGGAGUCCAAGCGGCUUUGCAAGCAAGAGGGUUUGUUUUGGACACAGUCUGGUCCGGCGUUGACAUCUCCCGCCUUUUUGCGGCGAAUGCAGAUGGGUCGUGUGGGGCAUAUUAUACGAGCAAAAUUACUUGCACGUUUCCAAACUCUGUUCUCAUCAGUCCCACUGGGAACUGUGCCGACAUUCGGUGGGUUCAGAAUGUGAAAAAGGUGCAGCGCUUCACGGAAUGGAACAACGUGGAUGGCAAAACUAAGCCUCCACACGCUUUGACUGUCUAUAAUGGAGCGUUGAUAAAUCUGACCGACUACCUGACUGGACCGCAGCAAGCGAGUAAUCGGCUUACGCCAUUGUUUUUCGACAAUUUGGGAAAGGAUGGCACUUACAGCUAUGUCAGAACCGCGGACGCACGCCAUGGAAUAGAAUGCCUACAGAGGACGUAUCGCGUUGGCUUCGUUGGUGAGGAGACGACAGGCUGCAUCUCUUCAAUGGUGAUCCAGACAGUGUCCUUGAUCAUAAUUUUGGGCGUUGUGAUAAGCCGGUUUUUAAUGGCUAUCUGGUUCCACUGGUUCGGCUCGCCGAACUUGACAAAGAAACCAAGGCAUACGAAUAUGCCGGUGCCAGUAGGCUCGAAUGGCCGCGCACCAUAUUCGGGGUCAUACUCUGGUUCCUACGGCGACUCGAGUUACUCUCCCAAUGGCGACGCAGACCUGUACACUAUCCUGCUUGUGACAUGCUACUCAGAAGGGGAAGAGGGGAUUCGCGGAACACUUGACUCGCUUGCCAAUACGGAUUUCCCGGAUGACAAGAAGCUUCUUUUCGUCGUGGCUGAUGGGUUAAUUACGGGUUCGGGCAAUGACCGGUCCACUCCUGACAUAAUUAUUGGGAUGAUGGAGCAAGACUCACGAUUACCUGCGCCAGAACCAAAGAGUUAUAUCGCCAUUGCGGAUGGUACCAAGCAACAUAACAUGGCCAAAGUGUAUGCUGGACACUACGUACUCGGAAAUCAUCGAGUUCCAAUGAUCGCGGUUGUUAAAUGCGGGACACCUACUGAAGCCACGCAGCCAAAGCCGGGCAAUCGGGGCAAGCGCGAUUCACAGCUGAUCAUUAUGAAUUUUCUGAGUCGUACUUUGUUCAAUGAUCGCAUGACUGCUUUGGACUAUGAACUGUUUUACCGGAUUCAGCAAAUUGCAACCACAGCGGAUAUGUACGAAGCGAUACUGAUGGUGGACGCUGACACAAAAGUGGCUCCGGAUUCGUUGGGGCACAUGGUCAGUGCAAUGAAGAACGACGUCAGUAUCAUGGGUCUCUGCGGAGAAACUCGCAUCGCCAACAAGACUGCAAGUUUCACAUCUGCCAUUCAAGUGUUUGAAUACUACAUUUCUCACCAUCUCGGUAAAGCUUUCGAAUCUGUCUUUGGAGGUGUGACCUGUCUUCCGGGGUGCUUUUGCAUGUACCGCAUCAAAGCCCCAAAGGGUGAUAUGGGAGCAACCGUUCCGAUCAUAACAAACCCGGGUAUUGUGGAGGAAUACUCGGAAAACGUUGUUGACACAUUACACAAGAAGAAUCUCUUGCUGCUGGGCGAAGACCGCUUCCUCUCAACGUUGAUGCUGCGUAAUUUCCCUCACAGGAAGAUGGUGUUUGUACCGCAAGCUAUAUGUUGGACGAUGGUCCCUGAAAAAUUUAGAGUCUUGCUCUCUCAACGGCGAAGAUGGAUCAACUCUACGGUGCAUAAUCUGCUGGAGCUUGUCUUGGUCCGGGAUUUGUGCGGUACAUUCUGCUUCAGUAUGCAAUUUGUUGUUCUCCUCGAGCUGGUUGGAACGGUGGUUCUCCCUGUCGCUAUUUGUCUGACCCUGUACCUUAUCAUUUCUGCCGUCGUCUCGCAAUCCGCUGAAGUAGUCCCAUUCCUAAUGCUGGCGGCGAUUCUGGGUCUUCCAGGGUUACUCAUCAUUGUUACCACGCGGAAAUUCGUCUACAUUAUGUGGAUGCUUGUAUAUUUAAUUUCGCUCCCAAUCUGGAACUUUGUACUGCCAGCGUAUGCUUAUUGGCAUUUUGAUGACUUUUCGUGGGGUGAGACGCGAAAGGUCGAAGGGGAGCAAAAAGGGGAUUUCCACGGGAAGAAAGAGGGUCAAUUUGAGUCGAGUGCAGUUAGCAUGAAAAAAUGGGCUGAAUGGGAAAGAGAUCGUCUGUUGUUUGAGCGGUAUCAACUCUCAUCUGAACAUGACAAGGAGACAGAAUAUCGGCAGCAGAACCCUAGACUUGUGACACCGCAACAGGCCCCGCAUCCCUCGCAUUAUUCAUACCCGCACGACCAACGUGCGUCACAAUUGGGGAUCCCUGCAGAAUUUCCAUACCAUCCUGUUUCCGUACCUCCACCUCCACGUGAGCGCACUUCAAUGCCUCCCACCGUGGGUGGGGUCGCUGACUGGCCGCCACCUCCAGGCGGAAGCAAAGACCAGCACUACCCUCCGCUUCUAAUGGGAGGCCUUCCCCGUCCUCCCGCAGCCUUUCCAUCGAAUCGACCCGUUUCUUCCGCACUGUUCCCUCGAUCAGAGUCCGACUUGGGCCCUUCAUAUGAGAUGAACAUGACAGCGCCACGACCUACGGCUGCUUCUGGAAUACGUAAUGGAAGUAUUGAAUCUGCCUUGGAGUCUAGCUCCUCUGGAAGUUCCUCCUCCAAAGGGAAGCAAAGGGCAAUCUAAAAAUGAGGUGUUUGCAGAUAUGUACUUGUAGUAGUAGUCUUAAUUGUAUACGAUAUAUUUUUAUAUAACCUUUGGAUUAUCAUUUCAUGUUUUCUUC